UUGGAACUGACACCCCUCUUCAACUGCGAUUAUUUCUGGGAUGAUAUUGGGCAGUGCAGAAAGGCUACACGGAGCACUUCUCGCAUACUUUACUGCCAUGACAUGGCUGGAAAUUAUCUUGAGGCGGACAAAAACUAUGGGUUUACGUCUGUUUUUCCAGCUUUCCGGUUUACAAGAUGGCACUUGAUUGAUAUAUUUGUUUACUUCAGCCACAACUUGGUCACUGUGCCUCCGUUGUCCUGGAUCAAUUUAGCUCACAGGCAAGGAGUUCGGGUUUACGGCACUGUCAUCUUUGAGAAAACGGACAGCUUUGAUUUUAGAUCAAUAUUUCGCGAUGCCGAACCCAAAACGCUCAAUCACCUUGAAUUCGCAAUGCAUUUGAACAGGGUGCGUAAAACCCUAUCUUUUGAGGGAUGGCUGCUUAAUUUUGAAGUGAAUCUGCCUGAGAAUCUGCCGGAGGGUGAAGAUGUGAUCGGCGCAUCCUCUAUCAGGACGAAACCCAGCUUGUUUUUCACAAGUCCACCUCUCCCUGUUUUCAGUCAACCGUCGAAAGAUGAGGCCGGAGAGCACUUUCGAUGCUGCAGCUACCAGGUCGAUGCCAUGGUGGUUGUCACACAGCGUCCACCUACCCUUUUUGAGGAUGAGAAUGAAUCUCGAUAUUUUCCAUUCUGCAGACACUUUGUUUUCAGUCCACACCGCACCAAUAAGCUUUGUCAGAUGCGUCACCAGGGAUCUUCCGCCUUCUUUGAAGAGGGAUGGGUACAGGCCGUUCGGUUCGGUUCCGGUGCCUUCCCAAGUUUCAGUACGGACACUUCGUACUUUAUCUCUUCUUCCGACGGGCGAUUAAGAGCUCAGGAUGCCGAGACAUCAUCUCGUGUGUUUGUUGGAGUCGAUUGUUUUGGCCGGGGCUGUCCGGGUGGGGGUGGCUGGAACACGAACGUUGCUCUUCAGCUUAUCUUGGAAGCAAUGCUUAAGCGACCCCAAAGGCCGCUUUCGGUAGCGCUAUUUGCCCCUGGUUGGCCUUUCGAAAAUUGUGACCUAACCAGAGCGACUGGUGACCGAAUAGCUGCUCAUCAGUUGAUUAGUGAGGCGGAUGAGAAAUUCUGGUCUCUCCUAGAACCGUGGCUUACCCGAAUCCGCGGAGCAUCUCAGGGUUGCUAUGCCCUGUAUCGACCCACAAUCCUAUCUCUUCCAGGAGGCGUCUUAACCUCGGAGGAUAAAGCAUCCGGUGUUAUUUUGCGGACAAAUUGUUGUACAGGACAGGGGCUGCUCAAUGGGAAACAGGCGUAUGGCAGCAGCAUGCGUUGUCAAAACCUUCGCUCACGUCACGCCCUAUUGUUACUGAACAGUGCCUAUGGCACUUCCCCGUCCCUUUAUUCCACUCGUCGUGCAUCUGUUGGGGAAAACCGAACUCAAAAUGUCACUCCGUUCGGGUCCGCCGUCACUAGACUACGUGUCCCGGUUCCAGAGAAGAGUCAAAGACUUCCUCGUGGUGAGGGUAUUGGCGGAGGUCCCGAGGGGAGGAUGUUUCAGCUAAGGCGUACGCUGUCCGCCUUAUUCGACGAGGAACGGAUCGAGUUAGCCUGGCAAGAAGCCACAGAAGCUCGGUUAUAUGCAGAACGGCUAAUUCAGGAGGCUAUACAGUCAUCUGUGGAACAAGACAACGUCGCUUUGGUAAAGCUGUGGCUGGACGCACCGUCCGAUCAGGUCGUAAAGCUGAAAGAUUUACCGGUAUCUUUCAACCCAGCCAUAUUGGAGUUGGCAAUGUUUUGGUUGCAGAAGCCACAUUUGAUCGAGAAGCUGUUCAAGCAUCGCGUGCUCAGCAAGCCGAGUGCUUGUGGACGAUUUUGGUUCCGCACCAAGAAUGUCAGAGACCAUGUCUUUGUCCGGACAGUUGGAUGCUUUUCGACCGUACCUGGCGUUUUGGAUGCGAAAUCUGAAGCCCCAUGGAAUCUUUUGGCCACGUGUUCCACCUACGAUCCAAAGCUAGUCGAGGACCCACAAUUAUGUCAAAAGUUAUGGGACGCUUUGCAGAUCGCGAAUCCCGAGUUACGGCUCAAACAAAAUCCCAAUGCACCGGUUGUCAGUCUUCUGCUACCACCGCCAAACGUGACCGGAUCCCUUCAUAUUGGACACGCUCUGACCUGCGCCGUUCAGGAUGCAUUGGCCCGAUUUCAUCGUAUGCAAGGUUCAGCAGUAGUUUGGGUACCUGGGANGGAUGGAUCAGCCGGUAUUGCAACUCAGACAGUGAUCGAGCGAGACCUACGGAAUCGUGCUUCAUGCUCCUCUGGGAACAUGAAUAACCCGAGGCUAGAACUCGGUCGUGACGCGUUUGUGCGUGAAGCGUGGUUGUGGAAGGAACGCCAGGCCUCUAGAAUUCGCGAGCAGUUGGACAGUCUUGGUCUCAGCUUGGAUUGGAACAGAGAAUUCUUCACACUUAGUCCGCGGCAUUCACGAGCAGUGACUGAAGCAUUUGUUCGCCUUCACGAAUCUGGACUAAUCUACCGCGCUUCACGCAUCGUCUCUUGGUGUUGCUCCCUGCAGUCAGUCAUUUCAGAUAUCGAGGUCGAUUGUCUAGAACUACGUUGUGCCACCUUACUUACAGUGCCAGGUUACGAAAAGCAGCAGCAAUUCGGGAUCAUGGAUUAUUUCGCCUAUCCGUUGGCCGAACCCAUGCCGAAUUCGCCGAAGGCUGUGAAAGAAUGUCGCCCUGAAAUUGUGGUCGCUACAACCCGCCUGGAGACGAUGCUGGCGGACACUGCCCUUGCUGUUCACCCGGAAGACCCACGGUACAAGCAUCUUAUUGGUAGGGAAGUUGUACACCCGUUCUGUCCCAUCCAUCGUCGUCUACCCAUCAUAGCCGAUUCCCAAGUUGUAGAUCCUGCAAAAGGCACAGGUGUCGUCAAAUUGAGCCCCGGUCACAGUCAGGUUGAUUGGGAAUGCGCCAAAACCCACGGAUUGCCGAUCCUUAACAUGCUGGAUUCUAGUGGAAAAGUGACAAAUUUGGGUGGUGAAUUUGCAGGCUUGCCUCGCUUCGUUGCCCGUGAGCGGCUAGUUCAACGCUUGACUGACCUUGGUUUAUAUCGGAAGCGUGAGGAUAUUGCAUCCUUGGGAGAAGUGACCGUCUUGCCAAUCUGUUCCCGAUCGGGUGAUGUUAUAGAACCGAUUGUGCGCGAACAAUGGUUUCUCCGAACGCAAGAAAUGGCUGAGCAUGCUAUGAAAGCAGCUGAAUCUGGCCUUAUAAAGUUUCAUCCGUCCUACCAGAAGGACGUUUGGUCUGAAUGGUUGUCACCCGGGAAGCAUCGGGAUUGGUGCAUCAGUCGGCAACUCUGGUGGGGUCACCCGAUUCCGGCCUAUCGAUCGAAAAAGACUGAUCCAGCGAAAGAUGAGACCACUGGCUGGGUGAUUGCGCGUUCCAUGACCGAGGCGGAGAAGCAACUUUCGGUUGAGUCCUCACGGAUUGAACAAGAUCCGGAUGUCUUGGACACUUGGUUCAGUUCCGCACUGUUGCCGUUCAGUGUGUUCGGGUGGCCUGAUGAGACAGUCGAUUUGAGCCGUUAUUAUCCACUACGAUUGCUUGAAACGGGGCAAGAUAUCCUGUUUUUCUGGGUUGCUCGUAUGGUUAUGUUGGCCUUGCAGUUGACCAAAGUCGUUCCUUUCAAAGAGGUCGUUCUCCACGGACUUGUUUGUGACUCUCUCGGACAAAAAAUGUCGAAAAGCAAAGGGAACGUUGUUGAUCCCAUGGAUUUGGUCCACGGUAUCGGUACGCUGUCCAAGACAACCGUCGGUCCGGCAAUUUCUGUGAUCGGUGCAGACGCUCUCCGCGCAUCUUUGCUCUCUUGUACACUGUCUCAACCAAAAGUUACCUACAGUCAGGAAAUUGCCUUGGAUAUGCGGAGGUUUUGCAACAAGAUUUGGCAAACCGCAAGAUUUCUACUGAUGCGUUUCAAUAAGACGGAUUCCAACUCUGUCUUCGAUAGCUCGACAGAAGACGCAUGGCGGCAGAUAGCUGAUAAUAGCACAGUGAGUUUCUAUCGCUCUCUAAUUAAUGAGACCGUUCAUCUGCAACAUGUUCGUUACCUGGCUGCCAAGACAUCUGGAGAAAGCAUGAAGGCUGAGAUAAUGCCAGGUUGUCCAAAUCUCGACAGAAGAAGUCAAGAUGCUAAGGUUGGGUGUGAACCACGAACUUUCCGGUCAGACCUGAGCCUGGCUGAUCGUUGGCUCAUUGGCAGGCUAUCGACACUUGUCAGGCAAAUAAAUUACUCUUGGGCCGGAGAAUCGGAUCUCCUCGAACAAACCGGACUUGAGCCGUUCAACCUCUCUUUUGGAGUCAAUCAAUUGCGUCUCUGGUGGAUGGAAGAUCUAUGUUCUGUGUAUUUGGAGAUUCUGAAGUUCCGGGAGACAACCAAAACAAACCGUAGUGAUGUGUCCCUGCGAAUCGCCCUGACCGCCAUCGAAACUGCCCUAUAUGUUCUUCAUCCAAUCAUGCCACAUUUGACAGAAGUAAUCUGGCAAGAACUGAAGUACCCGGUUCUCUCAGUCGAGCGGCGAUCAAUUGCCUUGCAGCCCUUCCCAUCCCCUUCUUGGUUUCCCCCGUCAUUGAGUUUUUCCUCCACUCUGGACGACCAAAUGAAAUCCCUGCUUUCUUUGGCAUCAAAUGUGAAGUCCUGGCGACCUCUGUUGAGACGAUCAAAUGUGGAGCGGUCAAACGAACCGUCAUUGUAUUUAUUCAGUGCCGAAGGAAUCCCCCGACCGGAUGAAGUCGAAGUCCUGACAGCAUUAACUCGGGUUCCGUGCGUAACUGACGCAGAAUCCUUGCCUGUGCAUAGAAUUUCCCUAAAAUUGUCAGAAGAUUCUCCAUGGCAGUUAGUCCUGAGUACGGAGUUGUUUGACCUCCAGUGGACACAAAACGAAUUGCAGCAACGAGUGGACUCCCUAUGCAAACGACGUGCUCAGCUAGUCGAACAGGAGUCAAAAAACGAUUCGGAACAGCAUAUCCGUGCCCGACAACAAAAGAUCCUUUCACUUGAUGAACGCCUAUCUGCCUUGGCUCACCAGCUGCAUGCGUUCACGAGCCGAUACUGAAUGUGUAGAUAUUCUUUCUAUUUUGAGGUGUUGAACCCUUGGUCUACAUAAAUAAAAACGUUAUAUAUUAG